AUGUGUGUACACAUGGGUUACAUAUGACCAAAUGUUGUUUGGUAUUUAAAGCCUCAAAUACUACUGACUAUCAUUUUAAUGGCGUCAAUUAUAUUGCGUAAAUUUUAUCAACAGUCUAUUAGAUGUAUACAAAAUGUGACAUCAGUACCAAUUAAAACUGUUUCAAGUUUAUAUUCAACUGAUGUGGAACCUAAACAGAAUAAAUUAACAUCACCUGUGAAUUCAUGGAAUGAAUGGGAUCCUUUAGAAGAAAUCAUUGUUGGAACACCAGAAUAUGCGACAGUACCACAUUUGUUACCUGAAGUGAAAACUUGUGCUGCAAGUGCUAAACACGAUUUCUACAUUCAAAAUGGGGGUAAAUAUUGGGCUGAUGUUAUACCAAAAGAACAUUGGCAAUUGUUAUGCAAACAAGUUGAAGAUUUUGUUAAAAUGCUUGAAUUAGAAGGUAUUAAAGUUGUUAGACCUGAUCCAGUCGAUCAUAGAAAGUCAUAUAAACUUCUUGACUUUGAAACACAAGGCUUCUAUGCUGCUAUGCCAAGAGAUUUCUUAUUAAUUGUCGGUGAUGAAAUAAUCGAAGCGACAAUGACUUGGAGAUCAAGAUAUUUCGAAUAUUUAGCCUAUAGACCACUUGCUUUAAAUUAUUGGAGACAAGGAGCCAAAUGGACAAUUGGACCUAAGCCAACUAAUUUUUCAAAAUUAAUAAGAGAUGAACCUAUUAAUGUAGGUCUCAGUGAUGAACAUAAUCCAGAUUAUGGAAAAGUGACAACAGAAAGUGAACCAUGCUUUGAUGCUGCUGACUUUAUACGUGCUGGACGGGAUAUUUUUGCACAAAGAAGUCAAGCAAUUAUCUCGUAUGUUUCUGACCCGUAAGUUAUUUUUAUUUACCUAUUUUCUUUCACCUCAAAAGCAUAACGUUACCUUCUUUUGAUACUUGACAUAUCUAGACACUUUGUGAAUUAAUCUCUUUCUAUUCUUCUAUAGACUCAUAUUUUCACUAAAUCACUAUAAAUGUGAUUGUACAGCUUUAAUUGAAUGAAAUAAUCUUAAACGAAGAGUUUUUUGCUGAAUUACCUUAAUUCUUUAUUCAAAAGCGGUUCACAAUUGACAAUCAAGACGUAAUCAUAUGUAUUAAAUAACUAUUUAUUCCAGGUUUAAAAUAACUUGAAGGUCUAUAUCUUCAAUUAGUUUUCAAAUUGAAUAAAAAAACCUUUUAAAUUUUCCAAUGUUUUUGAAUUUUUGUAAAGAACGUGAAGUCAUUAACGUUUAAAACGAUGGUUGUUGUUGAAAUGUAAAAUGAGUUAUAAAAAGGAAAUAUACAAGUUGAGUUUUCUUGACAAAUAGACACGAAAGAGUUUGUCACGUUAACCUUGACUUCUUUCUAAUAUUCUUAAUAAGAAUAUACCCUAACUUUACUUACUGGUAUAAUAUUAAUAAAUUAUAGAGAAACUAAGCAGAGAUGGAUAGUGGCUAGCAGUAGAAUUCACGACGCGCGUUUUGUCCUGUUUGGGACUAGUCAGCCGGAUGUACUUGCAACCCAGAGUUGAUGUUCACUGUUUAUGAUGCUUAUGACUUGACAGCACUAUCGAGGCAAUCCGCAGAGGAUGCACAUAUGCCAAAAAGAUAGUGACAGAUUACAGUCAUCGCCAUUAAUUAGACUAUUUAAACAACUAAUGCAAAAGAAUUAUAAAGAAGAUAGUGUCUUGCUAUUCUGAAUAAAUAAAUUAAGUUAAACAUUAACAUACUACAUUGUACUUUGAACAACAGCUAACAUCGGAAUUCAAUCAGUUUUGUAUGUGAAAAUCAUCAAUUGAAUGGAUAUACUUUCUUAGCACUGUCAAUAAUACAAUGUACAAAGUUGUAUAAUCGUUAACAGUUUACGAUUUCAUUAAAAUCAAGCCUAUCUGACUAAAGUUGCUACAUAUCAAAUAAAGAAUUCUCGAUUGAGCUUGAUAGGCUUACCGUAAAAAAAAUUAAAGGUGUAUAGAAAUGGCAAUCAGGUUAUGUUUAGCCGUGUGAAAACAUUAGUUUCCAUAAGAAAUGAAUUUCCUAUAUGUUUUUGUUAUGACCUUCAAUCUCUUAAAAUUUCAUUUACUUGGGUAAUAAAAUUAGAUAGUUCAUUAGUUGCAAGUGCUCAUACGCUGAUCAAAUCAGUAGCUUUCUUCAAAUCAAUAACACAACUGACCUCCCACAAUAACCAGAACCCCUUUAACUCCUAUUGGUCCACACAUUUCCUUCUGUCCUCAACAGUUAGUAAAAAGAUGGAGAUAACAAGUCAGUAUUCACC